AUGCCUAAGAAGAGACUCCUCCGCCAAAUGUCCCCAACAACCCUCCUCACCCUCCUCUCCCUGGUGACUCCCACCGCCGCAACCUACCGUCUCCUCGACCUCUACAACUCCACCAAUUUCUUCAGCUCCUUUACAUUCUUCACUUCCCCUGACCCCACCCAUGGCUUCGUGACCUACCUCUCCGCAACGGAAGCCAGUGCCCGCGCCCUGGCCGGUUACUCCCAAGACGGCAUCUACCUCGGGGUAGACUACACCAACGUCACCAACAGUACCACCGGUGGCCGCGCUUCCGUCCGCGUAACAUCCCAAAAGUCAUACACCCGGGGACUGUUACUGGCAGAUAUCACGCACAUGCCAACAACACUCGAAGCCUACUCUGGUUGCGGCCUCUGGCCGGCCUACUGGACCUUCGGCCCGGACUGGCCCAACUCGGGUGAAAUCGACAUUCUCGAAGGCGUCAACUCCGCUGACACGAACAGCGUGACACUCCACACCUCCAAGGGAUGCACCAUCUCCAACUCCGGCUCUCUCUCCGGUACAACGCUCGUGCGAGCAGACUGCACCGGCAGCGAGGGCUGCUCGCAACAAACCUCUCUGGACGGGACGUACGGGCGGGGGUUCAACGACGCCGGCGGCGGGGUGUACGCGGUUGAGUGGACGGAGGAGUUUAUUAAAGUUUGGUUCUUCCCGCGGGACCAUGACCUCACGCCUUCGCUGACGGGCAACCCGCCCGAGGAGGCGCCGGAUCCGGAGGAGUUUGGCACUCCGCUGGCGGCGUUCGUAACGGAUACGAGCAGCAGUGCAAAUUGUAGUAUAGAGAGCCAUUUCAAGGAGCACCAGAUCGUGUUUGACACGACGUUUUGUGGGGACUGGGCGGGCGAGGCGUGGGGGGAUGAUGAAGCUUGCUCGGGACUGGCGGAAAAGUGUGAAGAUUUUGUAGGGGAGGUGCCGGAGGCAUUUGAGGAGGCGUAUUGGAUUGUCAUGAGUGUUAGUGUGUGGGAGAAGGAGGAGUAA